AUGGCUACUACCUUCUUGAAGCUCCUCGUCGCUUCUCCUGAGAUCAAUCCUAGCACACGCAAAGCCAAGUCUAUUCCAGUGUUGAACCCAUUCAAUCAGUAUGGGCGUGUAUUCUUUUUCUCAUGGCUGGGUUUCAUGGUCGCAUUCCUCUCGUGGUAUGCAUUCCCACCACUGUUGACCGACACAAUUAAGAAAGACCUCAAUAUGACCACGACACAGGUGUCAAAUUCCAAUAUUGUGGCAUUGCUAGCGACCCUUCUUGUUCGCGUUGUUGCUGGCCCACUCUGCGACCGUUUCGGUCCACGCAUAGUUUUUGUGGGACUACUAUUAGCCGGCGCCAUUCCAACCGCUAUGGCCGGUCUAGUUACCACCCCGAACGGUCUAAUCGCGUUGCGAUUCUUCAUCGGCAUUCUCGGUGGCACAUUCGUUCCAUGCCAGGUAUGGUGUACCGGGUUUUUUGACAAGACCAUCGUUGGCACGGCCAAUUCUCUGGCUGGAGGAUGGGGAAAUGCCGGUGGUGGUAUCACCUACUUCCUGAUGCCAGCCAUCUUUGACUCUCUUGUCACGUCCCGAGGCCUCACAGCUCACAAAGCAUGGCGCGUCGCCUAUAUCGUCCCAUUCAUUAUCAUCACAGCCGUCGCGCUUGGAAUGCUUUUCCUUUGCGAAGAUACCCCAACAGGCAAAUGGUCAGAGCGCCACCUAUGGACCAAAGAAGCAAAUGCAAACACCCAUCUAACAGACGGCAACAUCGUCGACCUAAGCUCUGGAAGUACCUCGGUCGGACCUUCAAGCCCUCCUUCAAUCUAUAACAAAUCUAUGACAGCCGACAUGGAAAAGACAGACGGCACUCAAUCCCCUCAACCAUCUGACACAGAAGCUUUACCGAUGGACCAAAUGCCUGGCCUCAGACAAGAGAUCAUCGUCGCGCCCACACGCCGAGAAGCUCUAAGCGUCGCGUUCAGCCUCCCUACAAUGGCCGUCGCAAUUCCAUACGCAUGCUCCUUCGGCGCAGAACUAGCUCUGGACAGUUUCCUGGGAACGUACUAUGCAGCGAACUUCCCAGGAAUGGGACAGACGGAGUCAGGCCGGUGGGCCGCUAUGUUUGGGCUGUUGAAUAUUGUCUUCCGUCCCGCUGGCGGGUUUCUGGCAGACAUGGUCUUUAGUGCCACUGGUAGCCUUUGGUCCAAGAAACUUCUUAUUGUCUUCUUGGGUGUUGUCAUGGGUGCGUUUAUGCUGGCUAUUGGGUUGACGAAUCCAUCUGAUCAGGCUACUAUGUUUGGUCUUAUUGCUGGUAUGGCUUUCUUUUUGGAGGCGGCUAAUGGGGCGAACUUUGGUCUUGUCCCUCAUGUGCAUCCUUAUGCUAAUGGUAUCGUGUCUGGCCUUGUUGGCGGAUUCGGAAAUCUUGGCGGAAUUAUCUUUGCGAUUAUUUUCCGAUAUAAUGAAUCGCAUUAUGCUCGGUCGAUCUGGAUUAUGGGUGUGCUUUCUUUGGUGGGAAAUUUGGCUGUUAGCUGGAUUCGUCCCGUUGCCAAGGCUUCUGUGAUUCAACGAUGA